CAGAGGGAAAGAAAGACAACUCCUCCCAAAUUCAGAGGAGCAGGAGGAGGGGCCGGGAGAAAUCACUCCCUUGAGGAGAGUUAGAGGAGGGCAGGGCUUGUGAUGGUGCACCGCUACUUGUUGUUGCCUGUCUGAAGGAGCGUGAGUGUGUGUGUAGCCUUUGAGCCGGUCACCACUCAGUCAGUCAGUCACUUGAACGCACCAUGAAUAAUUCUGAUAGGAGCGCAUAAAGCUGAAAUAGAAAUCAGAGGAGUGACGGAGACGGACGGAGGAGGUUCUCACAGAGUUGAGGAUGAUGGCCGAGGGGCGCUUUGCCAGUCUGCCCAGGUCCAUUCAUGCACAUCAUCACACACUGGAUGGGGUCACUGCACACCAUGGAAUCCCCUCUCCAACCCUUGCUGCCCCCGGUGGCAGUGCCUUCUCCUCCAGGAGGCUCCAGGCCUCCCUUGCCUCCUCUAUGGAUCUCCUCAGCUCCCGUCCUGGCCUCCCUCCAGGGAAAAACGCUGCUCUCUCAGAGCUGUCCUCUGGUUCCUACCAGCCCGUCUCCAUUCAUGGGACGAUGCCUCGACGCAGGAGAGGAGGCACCGCCCCCAACCAUGGGAACCACACCUGGGACCCCAGAGCCAAACAUACGCAUCCAUCAGUCGGUGGGAAUACGACACUGGCUCCUGGGCACAACCAUCAACCUGUGACUUCUCCGCUGGUCCAGAACAUCACCAGUGACUUCCAGAGUUACAGGGAGCCGGCUGCUGGCCUGGACGCCACGGUGGACUAUGUGAAGUUCUCCAGAGAACAUUUUAUUUUGGACUGUCCAUCAGAGAAGCUCCGCAGGGAGCUGGAGGAGGAGCUGAAGAUGAACUGUGAGGAGCCCAGGAGUCACGCAUGGUACCACGGAGCUAUUCCACGACAGGUGGCGGAAAACCUGGUGCAGCGUGAUGGAGAUUUUCUAAUCCGCGAUUCGCUGUCAGUCCCAGGAAGUUACGUUCUGACGUGCCAGUGGAGGAACACCGCCCAGCACUUUAAAAUCAACAAGAAGGUCGUGAUGCUGAACGAAGCCUACUCCAGAGUGGAGUACCAGCUGGAGAGAGAGGGCUUCGACAGUGUCCCUGCACUCAUCAGAUACUACGUCGGCAACAGGAAACCUGUCUCUCAGGUGGUGGGGGCCAUUAUCUUCCAGCCAAUCAACAGGGGGCUUCCUCUGCGCUGCCUGGAGGAAAAGUACGGUCUGACCGGCACGCACCGAGACCCGCUAAUGACCCAGGAGAGGCGGAGUCAGAAGCGACUCAGCCUCAACAUCACAAACGGACACAAUCACGACAACACACACGGCGCCAGUGAUGUCACACACUGUCAGGACAACGGCAUUGGACGAAGCAGUCAGCUGAGGCUUAAAGAUCGCUGUGGCAGCCAACCAGCCAGCCUUAACCAUGUCCAAGAGAGGCGACGCCCACUCAAAGCACACCAAUCAGAGAGCUUUCUUCCUCUCGGGUCCAAACCCAGACCUCAGCCUCCCCCUGACUCGCUCCUCACCAGCCCCGGUCCCAAGUCUCCAGUCUUUCGUACCGGCAGCGAGCCGCUGCUGAGUCCGUCUUUCCCUCGGAGACUGGCAGAGACUCUGGCAGGUCAGGCGAUCCGAGGCUCCGACAGCCAGCUGUGUCCCAAACCUCCACCCAAACCCAGUAAAGUCCCGCUGUGUCGACUGCCUCGCUCCUGCUGCCCCCCGCCUGUGGCCCCCUCCUUAAAGGCCUCCAUCCACACAGAGUCGUCGUCCGUCUCCUCCAUCUUUGCUGCACCUUCUCUGGAUCCUCUCAGGUGUGAGGACACACCUUCAGGGAGGAGAAACGGAGCCUCCACUGGUCCACCUGUUCCUCCACUAAAACCCCUGAAGUUCCAGCACCAGCUCCUGCCCUCAGACUCCCACAGUUCUUUGCUCUCACCUCCUGAGUUGCUUCAGUGCAAAGACUCAUCAUCAGUACGGACGGAGCGGCUGCAGCUGAGCCCUGCAGACCUGAGGUCCCGCAGCCCGCUGGAACCAAACUCUCCGAACUGCAUCUCCAACAACACCGCUGAGCUUCAGCCACCGCUCUGCAGCUACGUGGAGCGACUGAGGAGAGAAGGCGAUGGAGGCAGAGAAGGGGGAGAAGACGACGAGGGGGAGGCAGGAGGACAGAGAGGGCUGGACAGAAGCUCCUACCACCACGCCAUCGCAGCCCUAGAAAACACCAGUGAGGAAGAGGAGGAGGAGGACAACGACGCAGGACGGAGGCCGCAGGAAGAGGAGGAGAAUAGGAGCAGCUUCCAGCGGCCUGUCGUAGAGACGGAGUCCACGUUCAGACCGGCCGAGUUCAAAACCAGACUUCUGCCUCCGGAAAACAAACCGCUGGAGAUGGCGGUGCUGAAGAAGUCGAAGGAGCUGGUGCUGAGUCACAACCACCACAGCAUCGCCAAACACAUGCUGCUGGCUGACUGUCAGAUCGCCAGGAUCCUGGGAGUGACUCCAGACCUGAAAGGUCUGAUGGGCGUGUCCUCUGGUCUGGAGCUGGUGACGCUGCCUCACGGUCGACAGCUGAGGUUGGAUCUGAUGGAGAGACACCACACCAUGGCCAUAGGUGUAGCGGUGGAUAUUCUGGGAUGCACCGGCAGCGUAGAGGAGCGGGCGUCCACUUUGAAUCGCAUCAUCCUGGUGGCGGUGGAGCUGAAGGACACCGUGGGCGACCUGUUUGCUUUCACAGCCCUGAUGAAGGCUCUGGACAUGCAGCAGAUCAGUCGUUUGGAGGAAACGUGGACAACUCUACGGAGGAACUACACCCAGACAGCCAUCAGCUACGAGAAAACUCUCAAACCGUUUUACAAGAGCCUGUACGAGGGCACAGCCUCCUCCCUACAAAUGGUCUGUGUCCCCCUCCUGCUUCCUCUCCUAACUUUGAUGGAGCGUCCGUCAAUCACACCUGAGGGGUCAGAGCUCUGGGAGACCAGCGACCAGGGCUGUGACAUCAUGCUGCGCCACCUGGAGUCAGCACGUGACAUUGCACACAACGCGCAGAGCUUCACCGCCAACGCUCAAAGGAUCUUACAAGGUUUCCAGGUGGACGAGGACUUGCUGGAGGUUUUUAAAACCGACUUCCAGCUGCGGCUGUUGUGGGGAAGCCGCGGGGCUUCCGUCAACCAGACGGAUCGCUACAACAAAUUCAAUCUCAUCCUCACGGCCUUGUCACGCAAACUGGAGCCCCCACCUAAAACACAGACCUUAAUCUGACUUAAUCCCUUAACCCACAGGAGACCUCACAGUGGCCUCCAUAAAACGGAGCAAAAAGACACGAGGAGGAGGGGGAACGAGCUGAGACAGUGGAGAAAAGAGCUGCGGGUGCAACUCCACUGAUAUGGAGAUGACAGUAAAAUCAACACAAGGUUCCAUCACGACAGAACGACUCAGGUGCUGAUCCGGUUCAACCAAACUUCACCACAUGAGGCGCUGAAUAUGAAGAAUAUUCAGCGUUCUUUUAAACGAACCUCAAUGUUUUGACAAGUUUGGACCUCCCCAGAAUUUAAGGAGAUCCUGGAGGGAUGUAGCAGAAGGAACAGGUCACUACUGACAUCGUGUGGUUGAAUUCAGAUUUUGCACCCUAGGUGUGAACGGGCUGGUUCACUGGCAGCACCGAUAGGGGGCAAGAUAAGUUGAUGUCACCGCUGACCUGUGUUAAACAGGUUUAAAGAAACAUUGGUUUUCAUCCAACAUUUAUAUGCAGCAUAAAGUACUUAGUACUAUUUCAUUUAAUUUGCAUUUUGUGUCAAAGUCACAUCAGCAGGUACUAGUUCAUGGUUGUUAAACUGGUUAAUGUUAUAUAAUCUCUCUAAUUUAUCAUUUUUAGUGGUUAAUAUGUCAAAAGCAACCACUAAACAUUGAUUAAUGUCUAACAAAAGUCUUUUGUUAGUUUUUGUGAUUUUAUUUUAAAGCCCAGUCUGUACAGAAACACAACAAAUAAACAUAUGAUUCUCAGCAGUUCGUAAUGUUAACAUGUUAGAGACCUGUUGUAUAUAUUCUAAGCCUUAGCAUGUUAAUAAGACUGUAUAUAUUUUCUGUAGACUGUAAAAAGAAAGAUGUUGAUGAAUUCUUAUGUUUAUAAUAAUAAGAUCAAAUGUGGUAAGAUUUAAUAAACAAGACAUUUAUCUAAUUGUGUAAUAAAGUAAAUGGUUCCGUUGGA